GAGAGCCCUGGUCGCGCACGGCUUUUAAGUGCGCAACCUCGGAAGGGUUCCUCAGUGUUCUCCUGACAGGAACCGACAACCAGGGACCGGUCACGGGGGAGGUUGGCUCUGCGGGCAUCAGCGUGGCCUUCUGGGCAGGCCCACGGAGCAUGGGCCUAGGGUGGACUGGGCGGGAACCAGUCACAUGCUCAGCGGGGUCUCCAGAGGCGCAGAGUAGGGCCGUUGGCGCAUGCGCUCUGAGGAGCCCAAGGUGCGUCAUAUGCUACCGGCGAAGCUCAGUUCCUGAGAGAGGCUCAGUCCCUCAUUGGUUCAGGCGGGCCUGCCGGGCUCGCUUGCUCCGGUGCAGGCUGGGAGUUCAGGCUGGGCGGGAACCAGUCAUGUGCCCAAGUGACCUCAGGGGUCCAGGUAUUUGGGCACGUGCAUUGGCGGAGCCAUGCAGUUCUAAAGGGCAAAGAGCCAUUCAAAGAAGCCUAAUUGACUAGGUAGCCUACAUAGCGUCAAAGGCUUGCAGCAGUGUUCCCUUGACUGGAACAGACCAUGUGCUGGUAUGUUUGCGCAGGCGCAUUAGGGCUACACCGUGAUCUAAGGGGUGGAGCUUUGUGAGGGAGCGUUCAUUGGCUAGAAUAACUAUGUGCUCGCCAGCGUCCUCUUGGUGGGAACCAAUCACUGGCCUCGAGGCCUCACCCAGUGUGUGUUUGCGCAGGCGCUCUGUGUAUCCCGAGGUGCAUUGCACGCUGGGGUGCAGUUUCGUGUAGAUCCCACAGAUUGCCUGCGAGAAGGUGAGAGCGAUCAAGAUGGGGUCAGAGUCUGAGGGCGGAGGAGCCGUGCAGGCAGUGGACGAAGGCGCAGGUGUGGCGGCAGCUGCAGCAGGCGGGGCAGUUGCAGUGGUUCGUGUCGCCGGCGAGGUCGGGCCCGGUGGUCCUGGUGGUCCUGGUGGUCCUGGAGGCCCAGGAGGCCCUGGAGGCCCGGGUGGCCCUGGGGAUCCUGAAGACCCCGAUGGCCCUGGCGAUCCUGGGGGUCCUGGCGUCGCGGGAGAGGCAGGUGUUGCAGCUGGUGGCCUCCUUCAGAUUGAGCGUGCACCGCAGGUGCCAGGGCCAGGUGGAGAUGCUGCACCUGCAGCUGGAGGCCCAGAUGAUUGACUGCUGAAGACCCUAGCGAACUCCAAAUUUCUGUCACCUUCUAUCUUGACCAGCUUUCCCUGGUGGUUCAGACCAUACAGCGCUUUGUGCCCCCAUUUUUUUCGCUAAGCCUCAGCAGGGAAAAGGGGGCUAAGUCUAACCUCAAGUCCCAUCUUUGGUGGGUCCUUCUCUAGGACAAUGAUUCCUGCAAUAGUUGCCAAUUUACUGUGGGGGCCUAAUUUUGUUCUAUACUGACCCUUGUGCCUCAAGGUCCAUUUAUUUUGUUUGGUAAUGUUUGUUACUGCAGAAAAUAAAUCUGAGAUACUAUUCCAA